GAAGAAACAGAUGGCAAACCUUAGCGAUAAGUAUAAAAGUCAGAGAGAUGAGUUUACAAAGAAGAGCCGGUAUUUGUCCGAGGACUACAAAUGCAAAAUAAAGCAGUAUGAGCGCAUACAGAAGCAACUGAAGCACUUUGCAGUCGCUGAUGGCAGAAAGUUCGAGGAGAUGUGGCUAAUGAUUGAUGCCGAGGUGAAGCAACUAGUGGAGAGGGCUUUGGACAUCGACUCGCAGAUCUGCAAGCAGCACCUUGGGGUGGCCUGGGAGCGACCCGUCAUGGGGUUCAUGGAGCUCUGCGGUCCCAUCCAGCCCCAGGGGGUCCCUCAGCUGCUCCACACUGGACAGGAUUCUCAGGGCAGUCAGAGGAUGAUGGACCCCUCAGGGAGGAAGGAGAGAGAGGCUGAAGGGAGCGCGGUGCAGAGCGAGAGCGGAGCAGAGGAAGAGGAAGAGAAGCUGUCCAUGGAGACACUGAAGGGAGUGAUGGAGCUGCUGUGUGACAAGGCGGGCUUCCUGAUGGAGGAUAAACUCCUGAAGCUGCUGAUUCCCCUGGGGAAGGAGGAGCAGACCGUGGUGAAGCUGGGCUCUCUCCUCUCUUAUAUUGGCAUUGAAGAGGAGGAUAUUCCCAAGUUGGCUGCUUUCUUAUUAAAGUACAGACAUCAGCAGAGGGAGCAGACCGAGGAUGUUUGUGAUGGGUCGGGGGAAUCUAAUAACAAGGCAGAGGAAGAGGGGACCGAGCCUACGACUCAUCUGACCUCUGACCUCGAUCCGUAUGACGUUGUGCCUGCUCUAAAAAGUUUCCUCCGGCAGCACAUGAGGUCCAGGGAGAGCUCGGCCCGUCAGCAUCACAGUGUUUAUGAAGCGGCGCGGGAUUCUUCAGAGGACGAAGCCUACUGGCAGAGUAUGGGAAGUGUAAUCUGUGAGGAUCAACUGAGACUCUGGGACACAGCGGAGAACAAACUGAGGCAGUACCAGGCGGUGCUGGCGGAGAUCUCGGCGCUCGUCCCUGAGACUGAGAGUCUGCAGCAGCAGAACAGAGAGCUGCGGAUGUUGCUGCAGCAAACUCUCAAAGUCAGCACUGAUCUGGAGAUGUAAUCCAAACUCAAAUUGGACUCUGUAAAAUAAAGCCUCU